AAAGUUAAUGGCAAGCCAGUGAAUAAUAAGUUUACAAAUUUAUAAUAGCAAUUGUACACUGUCAUCCAAUGCAAAAUUACCGUAAAUGAGUCAAUUGGCAUUAAAUAUUACUUCGUUUGAUAAACAUGUUGUUAAAAAAUUUCUUUUACUUUUACCAUAACAUGUUUUUGUAUGAAUGAAAAACUAAUAUUUUCAUUAUAAUAUGGCCAAUUCAAAGAGGAAUAGUAGUUGGCUAAUGCCAUCAUUUGAUCAUGAACCUGUUAAGAAAAGACCAGGACUUACAUGUACUACUUCCCAAACAGUAGAGACUAAUGUUUCACAAGCUCCAAAUAUCUGUGAUAUAAUUCCUAAGAGAAGAAAUAAUCUUUCUGCAUUAUUGAAAGCUUGUGAACCACAAAAAUCUUCCGAGGUAGUGGUUAGCAGGCAGAAGCAGCAAGAAAUUUUAGAUUGGUUACAAUAUAAAGUAAGAAGAGGAAGACCUUCAGUAUUAAUUUUAUCUGGUCCAUCUGGUUGUGGAAAAACUACAGCAAUAAAAGUUCUUGCCAAAGAAAAUAAUUUUAAUGUUAUAGAAUGGAUUACUCCUAUAGAUCAAGCUAUGGAUGAAAAUAAUAGAAUAAUAAGACAAAAAGAUCAAUUUGAAGAAUUUUUAAUUAGAGCUACUCGAUAUAAGUCAGUUUUAAGUAAUUAUCAGAAUCGUUUACUCCUUGUUAAAGAUUUUCCAAAUUUUUUUUUUGGAGACAAAGAGAGCUUCUUUUCUCUUUUGGAGAAAUACUUCGAAUUUGGAAAAGAACCUAUAGUUUUUAUAUGUACAGAAGUAGGGAAUUCAAAAGUACUUCAAACAUUAUUUCCACCUAAUAUAAAAGAAAAGUUUGGCAUUGAUUUAAUUAAUGUAAAUUCUGUUACACAAACUGCAAUGAAAAAUGCAUUAAAACGAAUAGCAGACACAUUAAAUUUAAUUGCUGGAGACAUAUUAAAUACCUCUCAACAUAAAGUGGAUGAAAUAUUAUCAAAUAAUGUAGGAGAUGUUAGAAAUGCUGUAUUAAAUCUUAUUUUUAUUUCAUUAAAGGUACCCAAUGAACAAGAAAAUAAAUGUAACAUUCGAGAAGAAACUUUGGGGCUCCUUCACGCUGUUGGAAGAGUAAUUAAUCCAAAAAGAAUUCAGACUGAAAACUGCUGGAAAUUUGUACAUGAUCCCGAUGAAAUAGCAGCUUUCUUUCAAUCGCAAGCAACAGUAUUUUUGCGUUUUCUCCAAGAAAAUUAUUUAAACACUAUGAGAGGAAUAGAGGAAGUAAAUACCUGCGCGGAUAUUUUAAGUUCAGCAGAUGUUUUAAAUUCUGAAUGGCGAGAUCCUAAUUUGACUACAAUUACUUUAUCUUUCUGUGUUCGAGGUAUGAUGGUAAAAAAUGAAAAACCAGUUUCUGGAUGGAAUCCCGUAAGAAAGCCACCAAAUGAUCGAGUCGAUAUGCAGAGAUGCUUGGCAGCUGCAGAAGUUCGAUGGUACGAUUCUAUAAUUAAUACAAAGUCAAAAAGUACAAUGGAAUUACCAGACGUUGAUAUCGAAACAGCUAUUGAAUAA